GUGCAGGAUUUCAUUCCAAGCUGCCGCUGCGGACUGAGCGGGGGGACUCAGAGCGGGGGUCCCCCUGCGCCCCCAGUCUGGGAUUAUAACGGGAGAGGCCAGUGGGGGCGCGAUUGAGCGUCGGGGGAGCGGAGCCGGAGCGGGACCGAGGGGAACAGAGAAAAGCUGCGGAGCGGGAGGAGAGGGCAUCGCUCGCAGUCCGGAUCCGGGGGGACCAGAGGGACCCACCCCAAAGCGCCUACCCAGAUCGGCGGCUUCUUCUGUGCGCUGGGGUCCCCCUCAGCUCCGGGUUCGCCCUCUGCCUUGGGGGCUCCCCUGGCCGCUCUGGGGGUCCCCUCCCGUCCUCUUGGUUCCGUGGGGUCGCUGAGCGCCCCCUCGCGUUGGGAAGGCAUUGGGGGGUGGGGGGGAGGAAACUCCGCUCCCCGCCUGUCCUGGCUCCCCGUCUCCUUUCUCGAGGUCCGAUCCCCGCUCUCCCAAGCCGGGCUCUGCCUGCGUUUAGCAGGGCGGAGAGUCUCCCCUCUCUCGUUUCCUUGGGGGUGAAAACCUUUCCCAUCUCCAUUUUGGGGGUAUCGGGUCUCCUGGGCUUGGGGGCGCCCCGGUAGUGAGCGGGGGUCUCCCCUCGGAGGCAGGGAAGCGUCACUCGCUCCUUGAAUUUCUGGGGUUGUCUCUACUCCGCGGCGCUGGGGUCCUCUCGGUCCGAUUGGGGGGUGGCGGGGGGGUUCUCCCCUCACCAUGGCCUUCACUUUCGCUGCCUUUUGCUACAUGCUGUCCCUGGUGCUGUGCGCUGCCCUCAUCUUCUUCGCCAUCUGGCAUAUAAUCGCCUUUGAUGAGCUAAGGACAGACUUCAAGAGCCCGAUAGACCAGUGCAAUCCAGUUCAUGCACGAGAGAGACUAAGAAACAUUGAGCGCAUCUGCUUUCUUCUGCGAAAGCUGGUGCUGCCUGAGUAUUCUAUCCAUAGCCUUUUCUGCAUCAUGUUCUUGUGUGCUCAGGAAUGGCUAACCCUGGGGCUGAAUGUUCCUCUGGUUUUCUAUCACUUUUGGAGGUAUUUCCAUUGCCCAGCGGAUAGUUCAGAGCUUGCAUAUGAUCCACCUGCAGUCAUGAAUGCAGACACCUUGAGUUACUGUCAGAAAGAAGCAUGGUGUAAACUAGCUUUCUAUCUCCUUUCCUUCUUCUACUAUCUUUACUGCAUGAUCUACACUUUAGUGAGCUCUUAACUCAAAAAUCAUCAUUAAAGACUGGGAACAACAAAGGAUGGAGAGCAAGGACAAGUCAGCCUACAGCGACGCUUGGUAAAAAGAAUAGCAAGCAGAGGAAAGCUUUGAACUCAAGCAGUAAUACAGUAUAUGAAAGACCUAUGCAGUAAGAAUAAUGGCCAACUGCGGAUCUGGAGUACCAUGGAGACUAGGCUGAGUAAACUAUGCUUAUCUUCCGUUUCUCUGUGUAUCCCAGUCUGUGGCUUUAAAAAAAAAAAAACAAGCAAAAAAUUAUCACAUGUGGAGGCAAAGUCAAAGAACUAUCUGCAUCUGAUGGGAGAUGCUGCUUAGUGAAAUUGGUUCAUCACAAACUGCUAUUUCACAAGGAGCAAAGCUUCUCAAUGACUAUUUUGUACUGAAGAGUGAAGGGGGAGGAUCACCAUCCAUGGGAAUGGUGGCUAAGGAUGCUACUAAUACACCUGUUAAAUACACAGCAUUCUGAGCAUGAACACUCGUCGGAAUCAAGGUGGGAUUCAUGUCAGUUAUCCAAGGAUGUUCAUCUGACUCCAAGGAAAAAGAGUUAUUGUAUCUUGACAAUUAAGUGAUUUUAAUGCUUUUUUUCGCACCCAUGACAAAGAAAUUAAUAACUUGCACUGGUAGUGCAGUGAUUUCCAAAAAUAUACUGUUCCUGUGAUUGAAUAUCCAGUGGUAUAUAUUUUUAUAUUCCAUCUGUGAUGCAACAGUUUAUGUAUGGUACAAUUAUGUCUAAAAUGCAUUCAGUUAUGACCUAAUUCUGUCAACCAUUCAGUAGCAUAGUUUUCCUCUUACUGGGGAAAAAAAUUGUUAAAAAUCACAAUAUUAUGGAAUGGUGUAACAUGAAUAUUCUACACACCAGAAUGGUGUAUGCAAAAUAUUGUACCUGUAAAGGACCAGAUUAUUUUAGUCUGUAAUUUUCUCAUGCUGUUUCAUGUGUGUUGUCCAGUUUAAUCUGAAAUUAAUGGGCUGUUUCGUGCUUGUUUUCCCACAUAUUGGACAAGUAUUGUGAAGGAUGGUCAAUCCUUUUAAAAAUAAUUUAAUGCAAAGGUUUUUGACUUCAUCUUAGAACACAGGUUGAUAUAGAUGGACUGUGUAUGCUUAUGAAUGAAUAAAUAUAUAUGUACACACACACAAUCCAGCUAUAAAUAUAUAUUAAGGUAAACUGUUUGUUUAAAACCUGUGACUAGGGUGCUGGGCUUCUGGAAAGUGUUUUACACACUGGCUAUUUGAAAACAAAAGGUAAUGUAAACAGUAAUUUAAUUUCUCAUCUCAUUGAGAAGUCCAGUCUUAUACUUCUUAAAUGAAAACUGCAAUGUAAUACAGAGAUAUUCGAACUACACAAUUCCAAAGAAGAGUAGGUCACUAUAAAGAACAUUAAUUGGCAUAAAUAUUAUUUGGCCAAAUCCUGUUGGCUUUACUCACACAUAACCCUUAUUCUCACAAGUAGUCUCCUUGACCUCAGUAGGAUUGCAGGAUGGGCCAUUUGUCUCUACUCAAGGCAAAACUUUCAAUCAAGUCAAAGGGUGAAUUGUUUGAACAUGGGGCCAAAUUCUGGCCUUCACUAAAUUUGCUUUGAACUACGCCAGAAAUGCAAAGCAGACUUAAAGGUGGCCUAAGUAGCUAGCUGAGGAUUUCCUUGAUGUAAGGGGAAGCCUUGAGCGGCAUAGGGCUGGCUACAUCAGCCCUACGCCACCCUGCUUGUAGCCUUAAGCAUAAGAGCUGUGUCAGGUGCCGGGUCUGAGGUCAAUGGGAUUUGAGGAAAGAUCCCUCACAGCAUCUUGCAGGAUCAGCCUCCAAAGAAGCAAGGACCACACAGUAGCAAACCAGCCCUGUUUACUAAAUGGAGAUGCUAAAAUAGUGGCAGGUAUAUCUGAAUGCUAUAUUCUUAGCUCUUCAAACAUAUACCAGAUCUUUGCAGCUUUCUUGUAAAGGCAAGUUUGAUUCCAUAGAGUUUAUCAAAUGGUACAGUAAGUAGAACAGAUUGUUUGUUUGUUUUGUUUUUAAAGUAAAAUAGCUUUGUUUUAUGAUAAAAUGUCUCAUUACUGUAAAUGGUCCAGAAACUUAAUCUGAAUUCCUUUGUGACUGAAUGGCCUAGUAUCGUAACCAGUAUAAGGAGCUGAGGGAUGUGUGUCACAAAGGGUAAAGAAUAAAAACGUUUGCAAGACUUAAA